CAGGAUGGGGUGCAGCACUUUUCCCAGUCACCGUGAGACCGCGGCCCGCUGUCCACCGCACGUAAAGGUCCAUGGGUGCAUUCCAGCUUCCAGCGUUGUGCUUGAAGACAAAUGGGCGUCAACUACAGAUUUUCUGGCGUCGGCAGGUUCACAUGAUGGCGGGGAUCCGGCCCAGCACCAUUACCAGCUCCUUCCCCCAGCUUAUGUCCAACGUGGACGCAGCUUACGAAGUGUCCGACAGGGGCACCGCUUACUUCUUCAAAGGCCCCCACUACUGGAUAACAAGAGGAUUCCAAAUGCAAGGUCCUCCUCGAACUAUUUAUGACUUUGGCUUCCCAAGAUAUGUGCAGCGAAUAGAUGCUGCUGUGUAUCUCAAGGAUGUGCAGAAGACCCUUUUCUUUGUGGGAGAUGAAUACUACAGGUAUGGCUUUUCUCCUCUUGAUUGUCCAGAUGUAUUCAAUGGGAAGAAAAAAUCCUUUUGCAGAAAAGAAUGCAAAGCAAGUUUGCGAUAG